UUUCUCACUACAUCAGUCUGGACUGCCCAACUAUGCAGUUGGGUCGAGUCUCUACGUGAUUGGGUCCAAUCCCUGCCUCCGCCCAUUCAACGUAUACUGCUGACCUGUCUCGCUUAUCUCCUCCACAAACGCCCACCGCCCCACGCAAAACUCACCGCCGGCGAUCUCACUCCAACGGUGUUCGUUGUUCUUUUCCUCCUCCAGCUCGGCGAUACACAGGCCCAUAUACUGACAUUUGACAAAUUGUUUAACUAGAGAGAGGGGGAGAGACACAAAGUAAGAAGAAAUGGCAAAUCAAGGAGCUAAGAAGCGCAAGGAAGAGAACACCCGCCACAUGGCAAUGCUCCUUCGCCUCAUCAUUGCCUGUAAUGUUAUCUAUGUUUUGGUGAGAAUGUUGAUCUUUCAUUCCACUAUCACCUGGAAACACUGGGUAGGUCUUGUUUUGACAUCUGUGGCAUAUGCGAUGCCCUAUCAACAACUCUCUGCAAUGGCAAAACCUACUUAUGAUGAUGAUGGCAAUCUUCUUGAUGGGGGAUUUGAUAUGAGUACUGGUGGAAUUUGUGGCUAUUUGCAUGAUAUAAUCUACAUCACAAGCUUUGUGCAAGUUAUGUCCAUCAUCUCGGGCAAAUUUUGGUACACAGUCCUAGUGAUACCAGCAUUUGCAGCAUACAAAUCAUUUGGAUUCAUUAAAGGAUUUCUUCCACAAAGUUCAGAGGGAGUUGUAGAGGAUGAGAAGACCCGCAGGAAGAGGGAAAAGAUGGAGAAGAAGGCUUCAAGAACCAAGUUUGUGAAGAGCAGAAACAGAUAAACCUCGUCCACUAUUCCAAUGACAGGUUGCUCUGAACUUUAAACAGAUGUUGGACUUUAUGGUAUUGGUAUCCACACUGAGAAUUAGUUUGGUUCCCUACUGUUUUAGGGGGAGAAAAACAAGUUAUGUACCGUGUAAAAGCCAAUUACCUUUUCCAUUGUUAAAAAUACUAGGAUCCAGAAAUUAUGUGAAAUGCUCAAAGCCUCAAACAGAUUAUGGUUUCAUCUCUCUCAGAUUGUAGAUCCAAAAGAAAUAAAGUUUUCAUUGUACAAUAUUCCAUAUAAGGAAUGUUUGUGGCUGUGUGUCGGAUGAUAA